AAACUUGUGUUUUUUUAGGGCACGGAAGUUGCUGUGAAUCCAAAGGCGUACCCUUUAGCGGAUGCUCAGCUAACAAUUACGAUCAUGGAUUUGGUACAGCAAGCUGCGAACUACAAACAGCUCAAAAAGGGCGCGAAUGAAGCGACGAAGACGCUGAAUCGAGGAAUAUCGGAGUUCAUUGUGAUGGCGGCCGACACCGAGCCGCUCGAAAUCCUUCUACAUCUUCCUUUGCUUGCCGAGGACAAGAAUGUCCCCUAUGUAUUUGUCCCUUCCAAGCAAGCACUUGGUCGAGCUUGUGGAGUUACAAGACCUGUGAUUGCCUGCUCGGUGACUAGCAACGAAGCUAGCCAAUUGAAGAGCCAGAUACAGCAACUCAAGGAUGCUAUUGAGAAGCUCCUGAUCUGAAUGUUGAAAACCUUUCGGCAUGAUGGGCCUCGUAGCCAUCAAAUCCCAGCGAAAUGGAGGCUUUGACUGAUUUUGGGAUUUUGUAUUGUAUUGUUACCUUUGGCUUUCUGCAUUUCUGGUUGUAUGGGACUUCAUGUUAUAACUGAAUAGGUAAAUAUUGAAUUGCUUGUUGAGUUGUAGUAUUUGAGAUGUUUGCCCUUGAGACAUCUCAAUGUUUAUUUUCUU